GUGUUGUUGAGUUGUCUCUCUUGACCCAACUUCGCUGCAAGACCGUCAUGAGACGAACACACGGAGGCAGUGGAAGAAAUCACGACCGCCGCUACAUCCGUCGCGACGCUGGGAUUGUGAAUCCAAUUAACGAUCAUACACAAUCGGAGCAUCAACAAGAAGACAGGACUUCCACUGAUUCAUCAUCUGCAGCUUUUCCGUCUACUUCUCAGCCAUUCCAAAACCUCGAUCAUCCUACAAAACCUCCGAAAUCUCACCGCAAUCGGCGAAGCCGUGGAUCAAAUUCCAAACCUCGUCCCGUGGAGAAAUCGGAGGUGAAUUUUGCUGAAUCCGAUGUUGUAGAUUGCUUAGCUGAUGAAUUAAGUAGCUUAAAGGUGAAACAGAGCUCAAAUUCGAUUAUGGAGGAAAAAUUUCAUCACAGUUCUGGUGAUUAUUCGAGUUGUGAGAAAUCGGAGGUGAAGAGAGCUGAAAGUGAAGAAAUUGAUGAUGGUGUUGAUGAGUAUGAGAAGAAUGAAGAUAUUACGUUGACAAUUUUGAAGGAUUUGAGAUCUAGUGUCAGUGAGCCAGAGCUAACAGAGGAGCAACUAAAGAUGAAUGAUCAAUUGCAGGAAGAUGAGCUUUUGGCAUUGGGGUACAUCUAUGGAGGAAACAUGUUCAUCUUUGAUCGGCAUAAAGAUAUGCGAUACUUUCAGGUUCAUGUAAACGUUGAAGCUACUAGUGAAUAUACUAUCUCUGCGAAGCUUAACUUACAAGCGGAUUCAAGCAAGGAGUCAGAGGAUUUCCUGUACUCAUUCAAGGCGCAACACCUUCCACCGAUUGUGUUGACAUGUUUAUUACCAAACGCUUAUCCGAGCCAUUUACCGCCUUAUUUCUUAAUAAGUGUUCAGUGGAUGAAUCCUGAUAAGAUUUCAAGUCUCUGCUCAAUGCUGGACUCUAUAUGGAUGGAACAGCCAGGGCAAGAAGUCUUGUACCUAUGGACGGAUUGGCUACAGAACUCGUCAAUUUCUCAUCUUGGCUUUGAUAAGGAGAUUGUUCUUGGUCCUUAUGGGGUUACAGUUUCCAGAGAUAAGCGUGCUAUGUCUGGAAGUCGUUCUCCAGAUUUAGAUAUUCCUUAUAUUAGGAGUUAUGACGAUGAGAAACGUCAUGAAAGCUUCCUUCAGAGCUUGCAUGAGUGCUGUAUAUGUUUCACUGAGUCUGCAGGUAUUGACUUUGUUAAGUUACCAUGCCAGCAUUUCUUUUGUAUGAAAUGUAUGAAAACCUAUACAGACAUACAUGUCUCUGAAGGCACAGUUAACAAACUUAAGUGUCCGGACUCGAAAUGUGGAGAAAUUGUUCCGCCAGGUAUAUUGAAGAGAUUGUUGGGCGAAGAAGCGUAUGAACGCUGGGAAACUCUUAUGUUACAGAAAACACUGGAAUCCAUGACUGACGUCGCUUACUGUCCUAGAUGUGAAACCCCGUGCAUAGAGGACGAGGAACAGCUUGCUUUAUGCUUCAAAUGCUACUUCAGUUUCUGCACGCUUUGUAAGGAAAAGAGACAUGUGGGUGUGGCUUGCAUGAGCCCGGAACUUAGGCUUCAAAUCUUGCAGGAGCGUCAGGGUUCUUCUCGUCUUGGAGAGGAACAAAGGCGGAAAGAAAAAGAAAUGAUCAAUGAGAUUAUGAGUGUGAAGGUGAUAAUGAAAAGCGCUAAACAAUGUCCGUCGUGCAAAAUAGCCAUCUCAAGAACCGGAGGUUGUAACAAAAUGGUCUGCAAUAACUGUGGCCAAUACUUUUGUUACCGUUGCAACAAAGCUAUCACUGGUUAUGAACAUUUCAGUGAGGGAACAUGUGAUUUGUUCCCACAAGAGGCGAUCCAAGAAUGGAAUGAGAGGAUGAAUGAGAGACAAGUCAUUGGACAAAUUCAAGCUCAACUGUUUGCACAACAUGGUCAGUUUCCACAGCGCGGUCAGUUAUGUCCUAAUUGCCGCCAGUUCAAUGCAAAGGCGGGAAACAACAAUCACUUGUUUUGUUGGGCAUGUCAAGCACAUUUCUGUUAUCUUUGUAAGAAAGUGGUGAAGAAAUCUGCUCAGCAUUAUGGACCAAAGGGUUGCAAGCAGCAUACAGAUGGGUAAAGGCAUAUCUGCAAAGUUCAAACAUAGAUUCUGUUUUUCUGUUCCAAAUGUUGUCAUUUGUUUUAACGUCCGAAAGAAAUAUUAAUAAGUUUGAUUCAUUUUU